UAUUCAGCUGGUGAGGGGGGAGUGUGGGAAUUUGUGUGCAGGAUUGCACAGAUCCACGAUAUCAUCCCUUAUACAUCUGAACACUGAAAGGUGAAGGCUAUGGCUAUGGCUCCUUUCUUGGUGAUUUUAGCCCAACUGGUGUUAUUUCCAUCUGUUCUUGGAGGAGGAUAUUAUGGCCACAAACCACAUAAUCAAUUGCACCAGCCUGUACCUCAUAUACCUCACAAAGGUAUAGGAAAAGAGAUGCCUCAUAUGCAGUAUCCACAUUACAGGAAAGAAAUGCCACAAUUUCCCAUGCAUAUGAACAAAGGCAAGGACAAAAAAGGUGAGACCAUCCCUAGAGGUGAGCAGGGUAUUCCAGGUGAAGUUGGCCCACAAGGGCUUCCAGGACCACAAGGACCACCAGGGCCUCCUGGUCCUCCAGGCAAUGGUAUACCAGGCCAUAAAGGAAUUCCAGGUCCUCCUGGCCCUCCAGGGUUGCCUGGUAUUGGUAAACCAGGUGUUCCAGGCAUGCCAGGGAAGCCUGGUGAAAAGGGACCACCAGGAGAACAAGGUGAACAGGGACCUACUGGAGGAGAGGGACUACCAGGCAUGACUGGACCUUCUGGCCCCCCUGGACCCCCAGGCUCACCAGGAGUUGGAAAGCCAGGUGGACAAGGACCACAAGGACUGCCAGGACCCAAAGGAGAACCAGGUCACAAAGGUCUACCUGGUCUGCCAGGGUUGCCUGGACCUAAAGGAGAUAAAGGAAUCGGUCUGCCUGGGCCACAAGGUCCGAAAGGCCCACCUGGGCCCUCAGGACUUCCUGGGCAUAAAGGACUGCCAGGGGUAGGCAAGCCUGGAGCACCUGGUUUGCAAGGACCACCAGGUAAACAAGGACAACCUGGACCACCUGGACUACCUGGUCCAAAAGGGUCACCAGGCUUGGAGGGUAAACAAGGACCACAAGGACCACCUGGAAUUGGGAAACCAGGUGACGGUGGAUUGCCAGGACAGCCAGGUGCCCCAGGGCAUAAAGGACUACAAGGACCACCAGGUUUGCCAGGAAAGCCUGGAUUACCUGGAUUUGGAAAACCAGGAUUCCCUGGCCCAAAGGGAGACAAAGGAAUGGGAGGCCCACCUGGACCUCCAGGACCAAAAGGUGACAAAGGACUAGGAGGUCCACCAGGUGCAUUAGGACCCUCAGGACCCAGUGGUCCUCCUGGGCCCCCAGGACCAGCAGGUCUGCCAGGCGGUAUUGGUGCACCAGGACCUAAAGGAGAGGGAGGUGAAGGUGGAGCAAAGGGAGAACCAGGGCCUGUAGGAGAGCCAGGACCACCAGGAAUUGCAGGCCAACCAGGUCAAGAAGGUGAGGAUGGUCAGCCUGGGCCACGGGGACCCCCAGGACCUAUUGGACCCAAAGGAGAAGGAGGUGAGAAGGGUCUACCUGGAACACCUGGCCCUCCUGGCAUGCCUGGCCUUAAGGGUGAAGGCGGUAAACCUGGCCCUGAAGGACCUCAAGGUCCUAAAGGCAUUCCAGGGUUAGUAGGACCAGGGGGACCAAUUGGACCACCUGGACCCCCUGGGCAUAAGGGAGAGGCUGGUCCUCCUGGCCAGGCUGGUCCUCCUGGUGAGGGAAUCCCUGGUGCUAAAGGCCCUCUUGGCCCUCCGGGGCCUCCUGGUCCGAAUGGUUCACCAGGCCAGACAGGCCAACCAGGUCCUCCUGGACCUCCAGGACCCCCAGGACCACCUGCCCUACACCCUGAUCUCAUGGGUGUUCUGCCAGAGAUGGGGCCAGCCCUUGAUGGAGUGAAAACUAGUGGAUAUAUGAAAGGAAAGUAUGGAGGCGGAGCUGAUAUAAUGGGCUCCAGUGGUCUAGAGAUGCCUGCAUUUACUGCACAACUGACUACACCCUACCCUCCUGUUGGUACACCAGUAGUAUUUGACAAGUUACUGUAUAAUGGCCGACAGAACUACAACCCACAGACAGGAUUGUUCACCUGUGACCUUCCUGGUAUCUACUAUUUCUCGUACCAUGUGCAUUGCAAGGGUUCCAAUGUAUGGGUGGGUUUGUACAAAAAUGAAGAACCUGUGAUGUAUACAUAUGACGAGUACAAGAAGGGUGUUUUGGAUCAGGCAUCUGGCAGUGCUGUAGUUCCGUUACAGCCAGGAGACACUGUUCACAUUCAAUUACCAUCUGACCAGGCAUCUGGACUCUAUGCAGGGCAAUAUGUCCACUCUUCUUUCUCUGGUUUCCUACUCUACCCCAUGUAGAUCAAUAAAGAAGAAGGAAGCACAAUACAUACAAUUGAAAAGUAGGAGAGGCAUAAAAUGGUUUAAACAUCAAAUGUACAGGAAAAGGCCUUAUGAAACUGUUCCUGUGCAUUCUUGCCAACGAUCAUGCAUAUGUCUAGUAUUGUGUAAAUGCAGACACUAUACUACCUUUACAAAGACUCUAGAAACAACCAAUUGCAUUCAGUUCAGAUAUUAUAACUGGAGUUUUCUAGAAGGAGUCAUGCUAAUGUGGUGCUAAUAUAUUUGUAUUUGGUUAUUGAGCUUUAGAGUGUUUGGGACACAUAGGAGUAUUUCCUAUUUUAUGACAAUAUGCCAUAUGUAGGAUGACCAAAAUGGCAGCUGCCCAAAGAUAAGAAGACAAACCUAUUUUCAAAAAAAGAUUAAAAUGAUAAAUUAAUUUUUCUGACAUAUUUAAAUAUUUACUGAAAUGUACUGUAUAGUGAACAUAUUUUAAAAAUGUACCAUUUCGUACUAAUGCCUUUACUUUAUAUUUUUAUCUAAGUGUAAUGUUUUUGCAGAGACAUAAUCUUUUUACAUCAGUUCUGAGUGAAUAACAAGAAUAACUGUAAUGAGAGCAAGUGUAUAUGUAGUGUGUGUGCACAUGUACAUUUGUGCAUACAUUGGCACAACCUGCUUGUGAAAUUAAGUGAAUUGGAAUAAUUUGACUGUUGAGAGGUACCUUAUCGCUCACUCGUUUUGAAAACCACUGAAUAGAUAUUAUUAAAAAUUUAAGUUAAAUUUGGGAAUUUAAGCCCUUAUUCAAAUCUUUCAUGUUUAACAUGUCCAUACAUUUCGGUGCACAUUACAUUAAAACAGCUUUUAUCCAUCUUACUAUUCUUCUCCUUUGCAUCAUUCUCUUUUUUAUGCCAUACAUUUCACUAAGGAAAAACUUUCAUCUGCUUGAUUAAAAGGGUUUGCAUAAUGUUUUUUAGAUAUUUACUUUGUCCCUUUGCAUAAAUAGUCAAAGCCAAGUCAAAGUUGUUGUUUUUUUUUAAAUAAAUUUGUGAUUUCUUUUUUUUUAUAAAUAAAGGAUUUAUAUCCAUU